UAACGUGUUGAAUGCCCCUGUUAUACCCGCUGGCACGAAGAAAAGGUGGACGAAGCAGAUGUCUUUUGCGAUCUUAUAUUAUACAUUUGGCUUCCGAAAAGAUCUUCUCAAUAAUGUCACACAAUAAGGCAACCUCGUCAUAUGAGAAUUAAGAGUCAACUUCUGCCGCGACAUUCCGCAGAUUGGAUUUAGAAAUAGAACCGGGAAGUUGGUUGGGGAAAACAGCUCUGCAUAAAACUCCAAAAAUGUCCCGUGCUCGAAACACAUCGUACCGCCACAAGCAGCUCUCACUGCACCCGUAAAUUGCCACCGAAACUCCCACCAUCCCACUGGCAGAUUCUGGAGUGGAUGUUUUUGUUUCGUUCCCAGAUAAACAGGAUCGUUCGCGUCGUUUUGCCCUGAGCGUUUGGCAGGGACAUUUGGAACAGAUGAAAGAUCGGUUGCUCUGACAACGAAGUCAAACUGUUUCAGUGAAGUUUUAGGGCAUAAUUUUUAUUUUAUGGUUGACGAUGGCGUCUUCAAGAAUCGCCAAGGGAAAGACCCUGAAACGGACCGGCUCGUCUGGGAAGUUGAAAGACCUUCCUCCGCCAGAUACCCCAGGUGAACGGAAGUAUAAACUCGACGAUCUACAAAUGUUGUCUACUGUUGGCACCGGAACAUUUGGAAGAGUUAUUCUUGUCAAAGAUAAGACGUCCAAGGACUACAUGGCACUGAAGGUUCUAGCAAUUUCUGACAUCGUUAGGUUAAAGCAAACGGACCAUGUCUUAAGUGAAAAGGCAAUUCUUUCUUCCAUCCAGCACCCUUUCAUCGUUAAUUUAAUAUGGGCCUACCACAACGAGACAUUCCUGUAUAUGCUUCUAGAAUACGUAUGUGGAGGAGAACUCUUCACCUAUCUACGCAGUAUGGGACGCUUCAAGUCCUCAAUCGCCAAGUUCUUUGCCUUGGAAAUCAUCUGCGCAUUAGAUUACCUACAUAAAGAAGAUAUCGUCUACCGGGACCUGAAACCAGAAAACAUUUUACUCGAUCGAGACGGUCAUGUCAAGCUUACAGACUUCGGUUUUGCCAAGAGGUUAAAGGACAGGACGUGGACGCUAUGUGGAACUCCCGAAUACCUAGCCCCGGAAAUCAUCCAAAGUAAAGGUCACGGAAAAGCAGUGGAUUGGUGGGCUCUUGGAAUUCUUAUAUUUGAGAUGCUUGUCGGGUACCCACCCUUCUUUGAUGAUAAUCCAUUUGGUAUAUAUGAGAAGAUAUUGGAAGGCAAGAUAGACUGGCCCAAACAUCUGGAAAAAAACGCAAGGGAUUUGGUGCAGAAGUUACUCGUCAUUGACAGGACGAAACGAAUCGGAUGUUUGGUCAACGGCAGCGAAGACAUCAAAAAUCAUGACUGGUUUGUUGGAACAGACUGGGACACAGUCAGGAGGAGACAGCUCAAGCCGCCAGUAGUACCCACCGUUUCGCACGACGGAGACACUCAGAACUUUGACAAAUACGAAGAUGACGGUUGGAAAGAUGCGGAGGCAGUCACCUCGGACAUUCUUGAACUCUUCAGAGAAUUUUGACGAAUGGCUUGACGAAUUAAAGAAACUCUCUUUCAGACUUCCAUAGUGUGUCCCACCAUGUUUUUUUAAAACUAAAAUUCUCGAGAGCCGUCAUGGCAUGCUCACAAACCUCAAUGUCAUUGGACGAUGGUGAAGCAACCCAGUAUGAACAUAAUGGCGUGACAUAUGCUGAUAACAUACCGUCAUCAUGUUUAAGAACAAUUUGGACGGAGCACCAGGUGACAGUUGCCAAGGAGAUCAUCAUUCUGUGCAUGGAUUUGUAGACGUGGCUUUUCGAACAUUCUUCCAUAAUCAUCAUAAACUCCAUCUACAUGACCUACAUAUUUCCAGUGGCGCAAGAGAGGAGAGAAUCACUGGAUACCCGCAUAUGAACUUUGACCUUUGGAUGGAAACCCUAACCCUGUGUAUCAUUGUUUGGGCCAAUAUACCGUGUGUCUCAAAAAGAAAGUAUACACUUUUGAAAUGGCUGCCGAAUAAAAAAUAUAUC